AUGGACAUCAAUAACAGAUGCCCACAAAUGUCACAAAGCAAAAAUAGAUGUGAAACCAUCCCAGGGAACAAGAAAGAAAUGUGGGGUCGGGGGCCUGUGACAGAUUUUUCCUAUACAGAUCUGCCAGGACAUUACUUGGAUCUUUAUAAACUGUAUGACCCCAUUGGCGGUGAGCAUUUCAAAAUCUUUGCAGCUGGUUUAAAGACAGCAGAUCGUGUAGUUGCUGUUAGUCAUGGAUAUGCUUGGGAGGUUAAAACUGUUGAAGGUGGUUGGGUUUUGCAUAUAAUGAACAAGGUGGACGGAAAAUUGAAUGGCAUAGUGAAUGGGAUUUAUACAAUAGAUUGGAACCCAAGGUGCGACGUCCACCUUUGGUCAGAUGGUUGCACUAGCUACUCAAUGGAGACGCAGAAAACUGGCAAGCCGCAGUGCAAGGAAGCCUUACAGAAAGAGCUUGGUUUGCCUGUACGUGACGAUGUCCCACUGAUAGGUUUCGUUGGGAGGCUUGAUCACCAAAAGGGUGUCGAUCUAAUAGCCAAGGCAAUUCCAUGGAUGAUGGAGCAGAAUAUGCAACUAGUCAUGUUGGGUACUGGAAGAGCAUACUUAGAACAGAUGUUGAGGAACUUUGAAAACCAGCACAAAGACAAAGAAAGGGGAUGGAUUGGUUUUUCUAUGAAGAAUGCUCACAGGAUAACUGCAGGUUCAGACAUCUUGUUAAUGCCAUCUAGAUUCGAGCCUUGUGGAUUGAACCAGCUCUAUGCUAUGAGUUAUGGGACGAAUCCAGUUCAUUCUGUAGGCGGAUUGAGAGACACUGGGCUGCCUUUCGAUCCAUUCAAUGAGUCAGGCCACGGUUGGACAUUCGAUAGUGCUGGCAAGAAAGUUGUACACGCACUAGGAAACUGUUUUUGGACUUAUCGAGACUACAAAGAGAGUUGGGAAGGACUCCAGAGAAUAGAGAUGACGCAGGAUCUCAGUUGGGACAAUGUUACCGGGAAGUAUGAGGAGGUCCUUCUCGCCGCCAAAUACCAAUGGUGA